GCGGCGGCGGCGGCGGGAGGGCCCCGACGUAGCGUGGCGGCGCGGCAGCCCGGUCCCGCGGGGCGGAGGAUGGCGUGUCGCGGCGGCUGCUGCUCCAGCGCGGGUCGCCUGAACGCGGACAACGCGCGGUUCCUCCUGCUGGCGGUGCUGAUCGUGCUGUACAUGCUGUGCGGAGCCGCCGUCUUCUCGGCCAUCGAGCUGCCCACGGAGCGGGAGGCCAAGGAGCGCUGGGAGGAGCGGCUGGAGAACUUCACCCGGCGCCACAACCUCAGCCGCGCCGAGCUCCGGCACUUCCUCCGGGAGUACGAGGAGGCCAGCGUGGCCGGCAUCCGCGUCGAUGACAUCCGGCCCCGGUGGGAUUUCACCGGCGCUUUCUACUUCGUGGGCACCGUCGUUUCCACUAUCGGGUUUGGCAUGACCACCCCAGCCACCGUUGGAGGCAAAAUUUUUCUGAUAUUUUACGGCCUUAUAGGAUGUGCAGGGACCAUUUUGUUCUUUAACCUGUUCCUGGAGCGCUUGAUCACUGUCAUAGCCUACGUCAUGAAGUCGUGCCAUGAAAGACAGCUGAGGAGGAAAGGGGUCCUCCCUCACAACAGCCGACGGGGCUCGGGGACGUCUGAGGUGGACAGCCUGGUGGGCUGGAAGCCCUCCGUGUACUACGUCAUGCUGAUUUUGUGUGUAGCAUCACUCAUUAUUUCCUGUUGUGCCUCUGCAAUGUACACACCGAUUGAAGGGUGGAGUUACUUUGACUCACUUUACUUCUGCUUCGUGGCCUUCAGCACCAUUGGUUUCGGUGAUCUGGUCAGCAGCCAGAACAUCAAGUAUGAGAGCCAAGGCCUUUACCGCUUUGGCAAUUUUGUCUUCAUACUCAUGGGUGUGUGCUGCAUCUAUUCCUUAUUUAAUGUGAUCUCUAUUGUCAUCAAACAAUCCAUAAACUGGGUACUAAAGAAGCUGGACUGCAGGUGCUGCCACAGAUGCCAAAGAAAAUUAUUUCGUUCACGGAGGAACGUGGUAAUGCCAGGAAAUGUGCGCAGCCGGAGGAACAUCUCCAUUGAGACUGAUGUUGUCAAUGAGAGCGACACAGACGGACGCCGGCUGUCAGGCGAGAUGAUCUCCAUGAAAGAUUUCCUGGCCUCCAAUAAAGUCUCACUGGCCAUCAUGCAGAAACAGCUCUCGGAAACUGCUAAUGGCUAUCCGAGGCAAAUGAGCUGUAAUUCAAAGCAAAAUGGAUUCUCUGGUGGGGUUGGAGCCCUAGCAAUUAUGAAUAACAGACUGGCAGAGACAAGUGUGGAUAGGUAAAAUAAUAACAGUAAUAACAGUGAAACAGUAUGAACCAUUUCAACAAGUACAGAAACAACAUGAAUCAAGUGGAAAUAGCUAGGGAGAGAGUGUCGCCAGAGGGUGGGAUGGAUGUGAAUGGCAUACCUCCUGUUAGAAGACCUCUGACAGUUUGGGGGGGCUGUCACUUAAUGUCUUUGCUCUUUGAGUUGCACCAGUCUCAGCCUUCCUUCUUCCCUUUCCUUCUGUUCCUCAAGCAGGUCACUGCAGGAGAAAUUUAAUUUAGCCUUCAGAUCAAUUUUCCAUGUCCUGUUCUCCUCCAUUUGUGUGAAAUACAGAUUUCAGGAUAAGAAAUCUGUGGUAUGGGAAGAAACCAAGCGUGUCUACUGAAUACAUACUUAGUUCAAAGAUUGUUCUGAGCUUUCUGUCUUACUCUCAUCACAUCUGUUUUCUAAAAGGAGCUUAUCUGAGACCAAAAGAGGAAUCAGCCUUUCUCUGUGAUAUUGCGCAUCUAAUUUAAUGCAAUAAAAAAACCCAAACUAUUUUCUUUUCUAUAUCACUUCUUAAAAUGCAUUCCUAUGUGAAACAGCUGGGCUUGAAAAGCCAACUUCUGCUGCCAUUAAUAUUUGUGUAAAUCUGGAGUAAUUCUAUGAAAGUUGGUAGGACUAUUCUGGAGCUAUUGUGAUGUGAAUGAGAAGAGAAUUUGGCCUUUAGAAUUUAAUUUAGUCUUCCCUUUAAAAGGAUACUGUCAAAAGUGAUAGAAUAAAAAUUUAUACUACUUUUGUUUUCUUCUUUUGCAAAACACAUGAUUUUUUUCUAGGCUACUUUUUCUUCUAGAAUUCAAUCAUUGUGGCUUUCUGUUUCAAAAAUAUCAAGUUAAAUUGAAAACUGCCAUACUGAUGAGUUGUAUGAAUUAUUCCACAAUAACAAUCAGAGACUUUUCCAAAUUUCUGUUCAUAUUUUUCUAAGUUGUGACUGAAACAAUUGAGCAUCGACAUUACGUAAUGCAACUGGUAACUGAGUUUACAUAGCAGGCAUUAGUAUGCAAUUAGAUUGCCAUGCCAACAUUCAGUGUAUUAUUAUAAGCAACUGUGAUCACAAAAUCACUUUGGCAGUGUCCUUUUUACCUUUCAUGUGAUUCUGUCUUUCUUCACCUGUUUUUCUGGCUUUUGGUGAUAAUGAUGACAGGGCCUUGAUCAGGGAAAUAGAAAAUGUUUAACUCCUCAUUUUUCUCAAUGAAAUGCUCCAAGCGUUCAUUAUGACUAGAAAGGAGACUUCAAUGAGAAGAAUAAUAAUAGUGAGAAGAAUAUGAAAACAGGAAAAGAGGUGAUCUUUAAUGACAGUGAAAUCAUCUUUUGUAUUACAUAACUGAAGAAAUAAGGGACUAAAUUAACAUAAAGUCUAGCAAGAAUUUAAGGAAGACUGGGCUGAAUUCCUGAUUCUCCUUUAACCAUGCAAUGCAUUAAAGCUAAACAGUAUAUGAGAGUGUAAAUAAGCAAAAUUGGUCACAAAGGACCUGAUCCAAUUCUCCCUGAAAAGAACAGUACAUGCAUCAGGACUAAAUGUUUUCUCACAGCUAGAAAACCUUGCAGAAUACUACAAUUUUAAAGAAUUUAAAACACCAUUAUGCAGUUCUUAAUUUCUCUCCUACGGAACAAUGCAGAUGAUAGCCUCUUCAGUUUAAUUUGUAUUAGGAAUUAAUAUAUCCUUUUUCUUCAUUCUGGCCAAAAGUUCUUUUAUUUACGUUCCUAAUACUGUAGAAUAACAUUUUAAUACUCAUUUUAAGCAAUAUUUGUAUUUGAAAACAAAAACAUACCUCUUGGAAUACUUUACUAUAAUAAAGUAAAACCAAAUAUUAAACAAAUAUACUUAAGUACUGAAAAGAAUUGCAAGCUCUUUUGACAUAUUACAGCUAAAAUGUCCUGAUUCAAAGUCAAAUCCUGCUGUCUGUAGUUGCAAGGAGAGCUUCAAGCUGAAGCCGUUAGUCCAAAUCCUGAUACCAACUCAGCUGUGCAGCAGUGGAAUACUUCUAAUAGUGUCCCUUCAUAUUUGCAUCCAUGUAAAAUCUGAAUCAGCUCCCAAACCCUGACUUUGGUGGGAAAAGCAGUCAGACUUUUUUUUUAGGGGGUUAUGUAUUAGCAAAAAUUGCCACUGAGUUAUUUUAGAUUAUAUUAUAGUGCUCGUUACAUUGUUACACCUUUUUUUUUUCCUCCCAAGACCUUCUUUGUCUCAACCUCACUUAAUAAAAAUACUUGGAUAUAAAAAGAGAAAAGUACUGCUCUGAAGCCUUCUUUCCAAAUUCAUUCAGUAAUGCCUCUGUUCACUGCCUGUAACCCUAAGAUCUCAUUGUUACAGAAGUAUUCCUUAUGCUGCCAACUAGCAGAAAAUAGUUUAGGACUUGACCUAUUGCUUAAGCAGAGCUCUCAUCCUGGGCAGAACAGCCACAGUCUUGAAAAGUGCAGCUUAAUUCUCCAUUUAUGCCAGUUAUUAACUCUGGGUUGCAAAUGUGAGAUUUUGCUGAGCACUGAAGACAGGAGAAGUUACUCAACACUGUUCCCUUUUCCAGGUGAUUGAGUCAAUGCACAUUAUCAUCUUAGACAAAUAGACAAAACAUGAAGUUUCUUUAGUUCAUUCAUUAUAUAGUUUUGUGUCAUUGUUAAUGAAGGAUCUGGCUUCCAUAUAGGAUUUUCACUCAAAUCCUUCCAUAUCUAAUUAGCUUUCAAAAUUUGGUUCUGGAAAUCUAAACACAGAGCAAUUUUCAUUGCAAAUAGGUGAGAAAGCAAAUUGAAGGAGAGAAAAACAUAUAUAAACUGAUGGAAAUAGAUAAAACAUUACAAUUUGUAUAGUCAAUUCAACAGAGAUUAUUUAGCUUUUAGAAUAUGGCACAUCCUAGUAGCAGAUCAUUAAGAUGGUCUUCAGAUGGUUUCAACUGCUCCCAAGACAUGAGACAGUUAGUUACAUUGCUCCUUUCUAUUCUUUGUGAUACCAAGCCUCGCUUACCCAUCACCACAAAGGAAUCUUUAUUAGCUAUUCUUGAUAGAUCUGAAAACUUCUAUGGUUAUGAAAGCAAGGGGCUAAUAUGUAGUCUUGAUCAAAUAGAUUGGGCAAGGCUGUAUGACAUCUUUGGUGUAUGCUAGCUCUGUCUUCAUUGAUCAGUCCUGACCUUCUGCUCUCUCAAGCACUGGCUUCCUCAUGACCUGAGCCUGCUAGUUGCAAGGCUCUCUGCAGUGGUUUUGUGGCCAGAUUUCAUGUCCACUGAAGAUAAAGAGGGAAUAAGUACACUAAUUUUGUCUAAUCAUCUCUAAUCAGAUGUGAAUUGCAGUUCCAGAGAUGAAGGACCUGUACAUUCUGUGACUGUGCCAUCAUGUAUCAUGGUGUCAUCCUGUCCCCAAAAGACCUCUGACUUUGUCAUUGAGUUCCCCCUCUAGCAGCCACGCUGAACAUUGAAUGAGGUAGCUUUACCUAGGAGACCAGUAGAAUUCUUAGAGAAUAUUUUGGGAUAAAUAAGAUGACUUUUGAGAUCGGAAAUUUCUGACUCCCGUCCAAUGGUACUACUACAGUUGUUUUUCUAAAGGCAUUGGACAGAGAAAUCCCCAAAGGCUCAGUUCAUAAUGUAGCAUCAGGUUAUUAAAGUUGUAAAACAUGUGGAGAUACAAACAUACAUGUGCCAAAAAAAAGCAGAAUUUAGCAUAGGAGUGACAAAUGCCCAUCCUGUGUGAAAAAUAAGUUACAGUAAAAAUACAGACAACAUCACAUUUCUUGCAUUACUAUUUAAAGUAGUGAUGAGGAAUUAAAGAAAAUAGCAUCAAACAGCCAGGGUUCUGUUUUCAAACCUGUGUAAUCUAAAUUUUAAUGCCAUAUUGCUUAGCACUAAAAUCUCAGUCAACAAGACAGAAACCUUUCUAAAGUACUGAGUUUCCCUAUUGCUUGCUAUGAAUUUGCAUGAUGUCUAAUGAGAUAUGGGUGAGGGUUUUUUAAUGCAAAAAUGUUUUGGGGAAAACCUUGGAAAACUGAGGCUCUGAAUCCAAACUUAACAGGUCAGGAGUACCACUAAAAUCAGUAGGUUAAAAUGCAAGUUGCAGCCUGGCAGUCUGAAACUGAAAGUCCUUAAUGGAAUAAUCGCCUGGAAGCUGGGUUUAUACUUAUGCCACACGUUAAUAAUAUUGUUAUUGUACAAUAUAAUUAUUGCACAUUGAAAGGAAAUAUUUAGUGCUAACCAAAAUACAAUCAAAUAAGUAAAGGUAGCUCUUAGGGUUUUCUGGCUUUCUUAGGUUUUGUAAAAUUUGUGUAUCAGAUGCUUUGCAGGGUAUGUAGGUGUCAAAGGAGUUAGAUUAAUUUAUCUCCGUGAUGGACAUGGUCUUCUGUUUACAAGGACAUGAAUAAGCUUUUCAAAAGCAUCUAACUCCUGCUUAAAGUCAGUUCACUUCCCACCACACAUUGACUUUCAGUAGAAGUCAGGUACCUAAUUCCCUUAGGCAAUUUCAGAAUCCCAGCCAUGUAUUAGUUUUUGAAUCUAAGCUGACCUGACAGUGUCCCUGAAAAGUUCAAACACUUGGAGCAAGGUCUCAGUGCUGCAGCACAGUAACAGCUGAAUUCAUUUAUUUAAAAGCCUUUUAUGGUGAAAGCUUUGCAUCAACCAAAUAGCACAAGCAAUGUUUACAGUUUGUUUGAUUUAAUCUUGGCCUCUGCCAGUUUUAAUUAUAUUUGACACAUUUCUAAAUUGAAUAACAAAGAGAAGGUUGGGCUGGGCAUGAAAAACAAAUCAGCUCCAUUUCUCAGACUGAAUUAAUCAAGAGCAAGAGGUCAGGUUGGGGAAGGACCUUUCUGAUUAACAUUAUAUUUGAAUAAAGUUCCUCUGGAGAUGGAGGGUAUUAAGUUGUUUGGAUGACUCCUCUCCAACCGCUAUGGAAGUGGAGCCGUUUGCUAUGACCCAUCGAUGUCCCCACUCUGGGAACAGCAGCUUAGUGAGCCUUAGCUGAGAAAAGGGUCAGCAUUUCAAUCAAUACAGUUUGCAACUUUUGUCAUUUUGAUUUAGGUUACUAACAUUUGGGUAAUAUUACAAUUUCUUGGACUCUCCAAGAAGUAGUAAAGUUAUUUUGUCCAAUUUAAUGUACAAGCUGUGGAGAAUCACCAAGUGUUGUCUUUCCCCUGGGCAGAAAAUCCUGCCAAAUAUAUGAGUACAAUCUGUCUAUUUGAGAACUUUCACAGCAGUUUUUUGCUUAAUCCAGGAAAUAAGAAUACAAUCCCUUCCCUUUUCCCUAUUUUCCAAACAUAUCUUGGCAACAAUGCCUACACAAUCCUCUGUUUAUUGCUUAAAAGGUCACACUUCACUAGGAAAAUUAAAGCCAUUGCUCAUCAAGAUGGACCAACACAGUCCUAUUCUUUAUUAGACUUAAGAGAAACACAGUGUGAACACAAAGAAUGACUAUUCAGGUCCAAGAGGUCAGAAGCUUUUUGAUAUGGCCCCUGUUUAUAGAGCUGUUUCACGUCAAACCAGAGAAAAACCCUGUUACCGCAGACUUUUAAAAGCAUUAGUAAAUGUUAGAACAACCUUGUGGAAUACAUACACUCAUUUAUAUUUUGUUUUUCUACAGUUCCACUCUAAUAUUUGCCUGCAGUUUUCAUUAUUUGAAAUUAUUUGCAAUAAUAGAAUAAAGAAUAUAAAUUUGCAAAGAUUUUGAGAGGCAUGAUAGAUUUGUUUAAAAUGAAAUAUCCUUUUCCUCAGGCUGCUUAGCUUUUAAUAAGGGAAAGUUUGAUUAAAAGUAGAAUCAACAGGUUCUUUUUCUAAGCAAGUGUGCCAGUUUAUGGAUUCCAAAUGGAUUUCCUAUUAGGUGUCCAUGCAGAAGCUCCCAGAGAGAGGCAAGAUGGCCUAGUUUUCAAACAUUAUCUUUUGAAAUCUCUUUCAAAGCUAUUGCCCCUUUCAAAGCAAUAGAACACUGUUAGUGUUUUGUUUGUGGUCUUAUCUGCGAAAACUUAACCUUGCUUUUUUGAUAUCUUUAGAAGAAAAAGAUGCACAUGAAGAAAAAUGAAAAUAACCUUACAUAACCUUUACAUGUACUGCUUAGAGCUGCUAAAAUCCUCCUCUUUUUGCUAACUUGAAGUUUGCCUCAGAGUUUAAUUUCUCCAGCUCACUGGUUUGGUCUUAUUAGUGAAUAGUCACAGUUCAAAUCAAAGAACUUUAAAGUUGUAUUUGUUCAUCUUUUCUAAAUGCUGGAAAUUAGCUGAUGGUCUGAACAGUGGGUGCUGUGCUAUGUCUGUUAGAGUUAAGGAGGCUGGAAUCACCAUUGCUGUCAUCUCUGCAGCAGUCAGGGAGGCACUCUGUGACCAGUGGAGUCCAUAUUGCUGCAGUAGGAGCAAUUGCUGGCUAUUAACCUCUGGGUGUCAAAUUGUCUGCAUCUAGUGUACUGGGCCAGGAGUAAACGGAGAUAACUGUGGAGGAAACCCUGGAAGACGCCUCUGGAUGCCAUCUAGUCUCCAAACCCUUUUCCAAAGCAGGUCCAGCUAGCUCCUGCCCAUCUCAGUGCAAAUAUCUGUAAUUCACUGGGUGAUGCUGCUUCUGUGUGUAGCACUCUGUUUGCAGUGUGCUGAAAGUGCCCUUCUCUCAUGAAGUAUUGACCACCACCCUGUACCAAGAGGGAGUCGCAGCCCUUCCUCUGCAGCUAUUGCAUUUGAGCAAAUAAUUAGCUCUAAGUUAAACACAUUUUUUUGUAAAUAGCAUACAGGCAGCUGCUUUUCUCAGCCUAAUACAUAGCAGAUGGGUUUUUUGAUCCCUAGGUAUCAUUAUUGUUGGCAGUCUUAUUAGAGAUGUCAAGGACUGAAAAGGUCAGUCAGUCUGUCAGCCCUAGGCUCCUAGGCAGGGGUAUUACCCCUUUGGCAAGCAACCCAUGGCAUCUCGGCUAGGCUCUGCACAUUGGAUUUGGCUGCAUUCUCGGCUCAGGAACUGAUUCUGCUCCACUGAAAUCAAUGGAGACUUUGCUACUGGGCUCUUUACCUGGCAUUUUUCACAAGAAUUGAUUUCACUUUAUAAAAUAAUCCAAAGAAAUGUUGACUAGCCUUUUGCUUUGCUUUUACCACCAGCUGUGCAAAUGCUAAUUCUACUCAUGCAGUACUGUGUUCUGCACCAGCUUAUUACCCAGGGACCAUUAUUUGGUCUACAAAAUAAUAAUCUGCUUAUAAGGGAGAUUUAUUUAAAAUUGAAAGUAUCCAGAUUAUUAUCUCUAAGAAUCAUUUGGUAGUCACUCAUUUCCUCAGGUGGAAAACUCUGACAAAUAUCACAUUUUCCCUGAAACUUCCUGCAGUUCUGCAAGAGCAGGUUUUGCUCUAUGCUGACUGCCUGUGUCAGCUUGUUCUUUCCCUCAACUUUCUUCCCUCAGUCCACACCUGCAAGAUCCUUUUCCCUCCUUUUUUUGUUUCCAUUCAUCUUUUUCCCAGUUCAUCACAUCCUUCUCCUAGCCAAAUAUACCAUGGGGUUUACCUCUGCUGAACAUUGCACUUCAAAGUGGACUCACUGUCAAAAAAAGGUUCUUGUAAAAAACCCACCUCUUUAUUCAAUAUGGGUUCAGAGCCAUACAUCAUUCAUUAAAUGCAAUUUUAAAGUUGUGUUUGUAUUAUUUUUCAUUCCUACUUCCACUGAGAGUAGCAAGACAGUUUAUAGGAAGUUGGAAUACAAGUAUCACAUGCAGGUACAUGGAGGGAGAGCAGCAAAAGUGACUUUGAUGCCUUGGCAUCUGGAAGGGAUAUUGUGCCUCUUUUUGUACGUCCAAUUGGCCUGCAAUUUGCAUGGACUCCUAUGUUAUUGAAUGAUACCUUCAAUAGAGGCUGCUGAGUUGAUUCGGCCUCAUAGAGUCAAUAUUUGUUGCUUUUGGCUUACUGCAUUUUUAAUAAAUGAAUGGGUCUGCAUUGCUUGGUGAGCACAGUAACAAUCAGUAACACUCCAGACUUCCCCACAUAUUAGGGAAACAAUAGUCUUGACUUUAACUUUCUUCCUCUGAUAAGGACUAAUCUUCAUGGCUGCUAUAAAACACAACCAUGGCAUAGAUGUUAAAGAUUUUUAUCUCAUCAGCUUCUCAGCCAUGAUUUCACUGGCAUUGGAGUGGAAUUUCUCGCACCAGUACCAGAGGCAGUAAUAAGAUGUUCUUAAAGCAUUUUUGCCUAAUGCCUUAUGGAAACAAAGUGCAUGGGAUCAGACUGUACAUAUGUGUCUGUGUGCCUCUGCUCUGUUUUAAACAUUGGCCAGUUUAAAAAAAAAUUGCUGAAGGAGGAGAGGUCUCACAUAGAAUCGACUUCCUACACCUUCUGAUAAAUGUUAGCACUCCCCCUGAGAAAAAGUCUGAGAGGCAGGUUCGCAACCUGUUAGAUACGAGAAAAGCCACACAAAGCAGGUCAGGAGGAAAAGAAAGUGAGGCACACAGAGAGAAUGAUGUUCUGAAUGUCCCAUCAGCCAAGGUGUCAAACAGAGCUUACACCUCCUCAGACUUGCAGCACAGAUCCAAAGGGAAAACAGCAAGUGUUGCGGUAUUUUAGCAUCGCUAAAAAAAGAUCCCUUUAAUCUGCCAGGAUUUUAACUUUUUUAUUUAUAGCUCAGUCCCUGCCCUGAGCUCUGUUACCUUCUUUGGGUGCCCAAGGCUUAAAGGCCCUGUGCUUAAACAAUGGAAACUACAGAAGUGUGUCGCGAUAUUUGCAAAAGACUUGGUCCUUGUUUGACACCAUGUGAUAGGUCUGUGCAAUAGCAAGAAUUAUUAUCUGCAGACCACAGUCUAUGACGAUAAGAAAACAGAGAACUUUGUCAUGCUGUUAAUGAAUUUCCAGUGUCAGAGAUUCCACAGUUUUCCCAGGCAACCUAUUGCAGAGCAUCAUUAAUUUUACUUUUAAACAUUUUUCCAAAUGCUUAAUUUCACUCUCCCUUGCUACAGGUGAGGCACAUUGUUUGCAUUCGAGCCAUGCUGAAUAUGGAGAACAGAAUAUUCCCUUCCUUUUCCAAAGGAAGGUAUUUUUUACAGUAUCUCCAGUCAGUGUUCACUACCCCAGACUAGAAGAAUCCCCUUCCAUAUGUGAUGUUUUCUAUAGUUGCUCUUCUGUGCUCUCGACUGACUGCUUGAUCCACUUUGGUUUUUUUCCUUUGAAGUAUGGUGCUCAAGAUCAGAUACAGUGACACAGAAAAUAUUUUAUUAGUAGAGCAUGGAGCAGCAUGAUUGUUUUCCACAUCUUACAUACAACAUUGUGUUCACUUAGGUCCUAGGCUGCUGCUUGCUAUUUUAAAACACUGUUGAUUCAUCUUCAGUUUGUCAUGUGUUAUUAAUGCCAAAUUCUUUUUUGCAGAACUGUUACCUAAACUGUAGUGCCUCCAGUCUACACAGGUGAUUAUUCCUAUGUAGCAUCUUAACAUGUAUUGUUGUUGAAUUGCUUCUAUUUUUUCAGAUCCCUUUCCCAUAUACAUUUUGGUUUGAAUCUUAGUCUUUCAGCAUCUUUGCCACCCCUGACUGCUUAGGAUCAUCUUCAGACUUAAAAAUUGUGUUCUCUAUUCCAUCGUCCAAGUUAUUAACAAAAAUAUUGACCCAGGGCAAGUUUUGAAGAAUCCAGUAGAUACCUUUUUCCAGUUUGAAACUAAACUAUCACUCUGUACAUACUGUUGUCUGAAUACUGUUUCCCAAUCUAUUUUGCACUCAUCUUGUGUUAGUUUCAUCAAGUGUAAAUGACAGUAAACUGCAAUUGCAAUGUUUUUAUUCCAGGUUGUGAGAUAUGAGCCAGGAAAGAUUUAGCUUUCAGAUCCCUGAGCGAUUUCGCACAACUGAUCAGUGGGGGAAAAAUUAGUUAAAAUUUAAAAUCAAAAGUACAUCUUGAUUUACCAAGCCUCCAACACAAAACUCCACUCUGUCCUUUUACAGUUACAUCUUAUAAAACAAUCAUGUUCCCAGAGCUACAGAAGUAGAUGAAACUACUUGAAAGAUUGCCUGGAGGAAUUCAAUCUGAUAAAUACAAAAGUAUUUUGGCAAUACACGGUAGGACUUGGGUUGGGUUUUCCCCUCCACACCAUGUAUUUCUGUUCUACUGAUUAAAAUCCGUUAAAAAAAAAAAGUCAAACAUCAGCAUGGAACAUUUUUCUAUAAAUAUCUAUAAAUUUUAAUUUAAGUUUGUAUAGCAAAUCCUAUUUUAGGUGAGAUUAUGCUAGACAUAUUUAACCUGAUUGGCUAAAAUUACUGGAACACAGAACAACUUUAGUGUGUGUGUGAGAAAAGUUUUUUUAAGAACAAUUGUCCCUUGAUGUGUCAGGCUGUUGACUAUCUUUUUGAAACACUGAUUUCCACGAGGAUAGCAGGAAUAGACCUGUGUGACCAGCAGAUCACAGAAGCUUCCUUGCUUCAAUCCUCAAACAAACCUUGUGCAUUUAUAAUGAAUGUCCUGAAUGUGAGAGAGUUCAUUAUUCAUUCAUCUAAGGCACCUUGGCUUAUGGUCCACUAGGAAAUGCUUGUCUGAGAGCAAAAAAAGUUGCAAAAUGUACUUUGCUUUCCCAUCAGACACUGAUUGUAAGGAAAUCUUCCUUGCAGGGAAGCUGGCCUGAGCUACAGCUGGAGGGAAGUUGUGCUGCUCCCUCUCUGAACUCUGGAGAUUUACACAUUAAAUAUACAAAAUCUGCUUUGUAGGAAGUAGGUCAAUGCAGUAAAGCCAUCACUUUCUUGAUUUUGAUAAACUUUGAAUGGACUUAUGACAGGAGUUGUAUAUCACGAUUGUUUGGCAUCAGUAAUAACUGCAAUAAGCAGUUUCCAGCACAGAACAGCACAGAGCUAAAUGGGGCCUCUGGAAGCAAAUGUAAGUUAAUAAUAAUAGCAAACAACAGAGGCAGUGUAGAACAGGACCACAGAGAGGAAAGUGAUGAGAACUCACUAAACAUACUCCUCAUCUUACUACCAUUAGGAAGUGACAUUGGAUGUCAGUGAGGACUGGAUGUAGGUUGGGACUUUUUAAAGGGAAGCACUGGUCUCCUUUCAGAUGCACGGUAAAGUAGGAAAUUUUAGGGCUGCUUUUUCAAGAAGUUGCCCCUAAGUGUGUAAGCAAAAGAGCCUGCUGCAUGCAGCAUCCUGGUAAUCCUACUGCCAUGGUGAGCUGCAGCAGGGGAAUACGUGAUAAUCAAAGCAUGUUUGAGUUAUUAUUACAGGAACAGAGUAUUCUUGUGAAGGGAAGAGAAGGACUUAACUAUCUUAAACAGACUAGGUUCCUCCCAAAUAAAAUUUCUAAAAUGUCUAGAUUAUUUAGGUGCCUGAACCUGAAAUUAGAGUUAUUUUCUGUCAGGUUCCAUGGGCCACUUUAAAACAGCAGCUAUAUUUCCAACACCAACCUGCUUUGACAGUCCCCUUAUACCACAGAUCCAUAGAAAGUGGUCAAUGUGGCCAUGUCACCCCAAAUGCCUCCUCUGACAUGAACACAGCCACCACGUUUCCCGCUCCACACACUGAGCUGGGGCUCCUUCACGCCUGGAAGGUUCCAAGGCACGCACGGCCCCAUCCCACGAGGGCUGCUGUGUUUGCAGUAGCAAGGGAUUUCCCCACUCUUGCCAUUUGUUUUCAUGGUUAUCCAGCUCUGAUUUUCCCAGGGAGUGGGCUCGCCAGCCAGGUAGCCACACAUGCUGGGGGUGUCCCAGGCCUCACGUCCCAGGGCGCCCACCCACAGCCCCGUGUUUGUGCACCACGGUAGCAGAAAAGGCUGUGCCUCAGGCUGUCUGCCCGGCCUCUGACAGAGGUUUCACAGCCCAGCCGGCAGUUCAGGUGCCUGGAGCCCCUGCAUGUUCCUGGGGCAGAUGCUCACAGGGAUGGGUAGUUUUGGAAGAGCUUUAGGAUGAAAUCGUAAGAUUCUGCUCAGCCAUUCCUUUACUUAAAAAGCCUCUCUACUAACACACCUAGCAAAGGUCACCAUAAGCAAGUUUUCCUGUGAGCAGCAGAACUAAUAAUGCCUGUCUGCAUACAAAUUUAUGUCUGAUGUCCUCUAUACUUGUUCCCCAGAAAUAAGCGUAGCAUCCGCAUGUUCCCUACAUGACCAGCAAAGCAAUCCAGACCCUUUCUUUCUAUUCCAAAUGACACCCUAAUCCAAUACCCCAUUGGUUAUCCAAUAUCCAAUAUUCAGAUAGUCUCAGCUCCUUCCUGUAGCCAUAGCAAGCCCACUAUGAUAUCCUGUUUUCCACAUUUUUAAUACCCCUGUCUACUACAUUGCCCCCUGGCCCCUGACCAGUGCAUCCUAAGCUGGCAGUGGCUGGCAGGCUGCUAACAGUCCAGGUAACAGCUCGUCCUGCCCUUCCCUCAGGCACACUUCUCUACUAGGCACUUAUCCUCAUAAAUUUUGUAGAAAUUUAAUAUCUUUCAUAUUUCUACACCUGCAACAAAUGUGGUUGAAAAUAACCAAGAGGUUCAAAUGCUUUCAAAUAGUCCAAACAGUUGUGUUCCCAGCUCAUUACCAACAAAAAUUGUGAGCAGGAGGCUGUAACCAUGACACGCCUCUAAUACUAAAUAGGUGUUGUGAUGGGGGGAAGGGAAUCAGCAUCUGACUCAGUCCAGCCACCAGCACAAAUACUCUAAUAACUAAUUAGAAUCAGUGUAUUCCAGGAAAGAAUAUCAGAAUAUUUCAGGGUCAGUGGAAAAACCUGGACAAAGAAUAAUAUUUCAUAUUCAUAGAGCUAGAGAGAACUCUGAGGCACUCCAGAAACAUUGUGUUAUUAGAUGUAAUACCACAGACAACUUGAGAAUAUCCUUUUUUAAAGGGAAAACAUUAAAUUGCAUGAAGUGGGUUCUGAAUGAUAUUUAUAGAGGCAAGCAAAAAAGCUAUUGCCUAUAUCUCCAAAGGCACUCCAAAGGAGGGUUGACAUCUGCUCAUGGUGCAAAGCAAGUGAAAAAGAAGUAGCAUGUUAAACUGUACUAAGAAGAUGUGUUACUGUGCUAUGUAGAUCAGAUAUAUGUCCUCAUCCUGCUUAUUAUUGUAAUAGCUUGACAAAAAGACUAUUACAAAAGUAAAAAAAUAAAAUCCAAGGAAAAGCAAUUAAAAAAAUUCAAAUCAGAGGUCCCUAAAUGCUUAUUUCCAAGGCACACACAUAGGAAAACAAAAAGUCAGGACUGUUUGCAGAUCUAAAUCAUGAAAUAAGUGUGAAUCCUGCUUAUACUGUGUCUGGAAAGAAGAGGAAAAACAAGGGACACAGGGCAUGACUGAGAAAAGCCAGUCCUUCAACACAAGCUGUGAUGGGUGCUCAGGAGGGAAACUAUUCCCUCCUGUGUAGGUACAAUGGGAGCAAGGCUCACACGUCUCAUUCGAGUCCCAGGGUGCCCAGCAGAAUGACCGCUUGCAGAUUAAAAGGAACAGAACAGAUAAAUACUGGGACCCAUUUGGUUAUCUCCACUGAAAGCAUUAAAAAGGAUUGAAUUGGAAUAAAAUGUCAAAAAAAGGCAAAUAAAAGGGAAAAGGUGCACUUUUAAUAUUGUGUUUAGUUAAAGCAGAACAAUAAUCAUGUAAAAAUGCAGUAGAAUUUUAAAAAUGGAUGUCUACAUAAAUAAUAAUUGUGCUAUCUGAUAUAAAAUAAUGCUUCUGAGUUGUCAUUCUUCCAGGCAGAUAAUGUUAAGAAAAAAUUGCCCUCUCCUGCAAAACAUAAUUUUUUAUAAAAAGUGCAUGUGAAGGUUUUCUCUUUAGCAGUUGGCAUUAAGGACUUGUAACCAGACCAAUAAGCCUCUGCAGUUCUCCUAAGCACUGUUUCCAUGUUACUAAACUGCUCAGGAAGUACAUGAGCAAAGGAAAUUCAGUCUCUGUGCUAAAUGCAAUAUGGAUCCUGUAACAGAAUAUUUAUUGAAAAAGCAAAAUGUGUGUUUAUAUACAGCAACCAUAUCACACAUUUAAAGAUUUUCUUCUCCGCUGACAAAUGUUCAGGAAAGUAACAGGUUUGUUACAAAUGGAUGCAAACUACCAAGUCCCUUUCCAGCUUUGGUAAAUGCUGUGCACUGUUUAAGGGCAAAGCAGUUACACAGACAGAUUUUUCAGGUGGGGGUAAACUGACAGAUUUACACCAAAGAAGGAUUCGGCCUUUGGCACUGUGAGGCCUAAAUAUUAGGCCAGCUCUUUCCAGUUACAAUAAUGCAGUGCUCUCUCCAAAGCCUUCUGGAAUGCCCACAUUUCUGAUUCUUGCAGAAGUUAGAUAUUAGAAUAACAGUAGGGGUACAGUGUAGAAGGACAUUUACAUUAAAAGACCUGUAAGGAAGUGAAUACUAGUGUGCCUAAUAUAUGUAGCUGUAUGAAUCUUUUAGGUUGCAUUUUAAAUGUUGUAUUCCAUCGUCUUAUUCUACUUUAACAGCUAUUUGCUUUUUGCAGAAGUUGGGAAUUGGUACAUAAGCUUAGCAUCAGGGAUUAGGCUAAUGUUCCAUGAAGACAGGCAACUGUGAUACCAUUCAAACUCACAUUUUAUGAGAUUCAAGUCUUUCGAAGUGAUUUUCCCACUAUUUCUUGAAUUGCCUAUUCAUUUGAUGACACUUUCUCAUUGAGAAAUAUUCAGUUAUCAACCAGCUAUUUAGAAAGAUUGGUGCAGCAUGCUGAAAGCAGUAAGGAAGUAUAAAAUCUGACCCUAUAAAAGCACUAUCGUCACUGAGUUUGGCUCCCACAAACAAGAAGCUGUGAGAGUAUUAAUAGCAUGCAAUCCAUUUAUUUUCGUGCCCAGAAAUGGUUUCUAAGUUAUUUAAAAAUUAAGAUACUGAUAUUUUUCUAUUCAAUAAAAGAUAGCAAUGUUAUCAUA